AUGAGUAUCCCGCUAGCUCGCUAUACGACGAAGCUGCCCACUCCAACGUCUCGAGGACGAUAUCUAUGUGGCGGCGGGGCCUCUCUACUCUCUGUUAUCUUUAUCUAUGCCUUAAUUUUUCGGGCUUCCAUCUCUCAUCCAAAACUUCCGGUCGUUCUCGCGAAUACUUCCUAUCAAGCUGCAUCAGAAGAGCUUUGCCCACAAGUUUUGCCCUUGUACCCUCGAGAGAACCGCGAUAUAUCUCAACGCCUGGAGGCGGCCUAUGGUACCGAGGAGUUUCGAUCGAGGAUGGUUGAUUGGCUUGGUGGCGCCGUCAGAGUAGAGACCGAGACGUAUGACCAAAUGGGGGAAGUAGGUAUCGAUUCACGCUGGGAUAAAUUCGCUGUCUUUCACCAAUAUCUGUCUCAAGCGUUUCCUCGAGUCCACGAAUCAUCUCAACUCACAAAGGUUAACACUUAUGGCUUGCUCUACGUUUGGGAAGGUUCGAACAAGUCUCUCAAGCCAAUUCUUCUGAAUGCGCACCAAGACGUCGUCCCGGUUCCACACGAGACUUAUGACGAGUGGCAACAUCCUCCAUACUCUGGUUACUACGAUGGAGAGUCCCUCUGGGGAAGAGGCUCAGUAGAUGACAAAAGUGGACUCGUAGGACUUAUGUCAACCAUGGAGAUGCUGCUCGAACAGUCUUUCAGCCCCUCUCGCACCGUCAUGUUCGCUUUCGGCUUCGACGAAGAGAUCGGCGGUUACAAUGGUGCUCGACACAUCGGGGAAUUUCUUGUGGACACCUAUGGUCCAGAUAGCUUAUCCAUGCUUGUUGAUGAAGGAGGUGGCUUCGCACACCAGCACGGGACGACACUAGCCACAAUUGGUAUUGCAGAAAAAGGCUCGUUUAAUGCUCGGAUUGAGAUUAAAACCCCUGGAGGCCACUCCAGUACGCCACCGGCACAUACAAGCAUCGGUAUCCUAGGCUCGCUCCUAGGGGAACUUGAAGCUCAUCCCUUCCAACCGAUUCUAACCCGUACGACUCCGAUCUACCUCAAGUUUCAAUGCUUGGCCGCACAUGCACCCUCUCUCAAUUCCUCCCUCCGUUCUCACAUAAUUUCCUCUGCCCAGUCGAACGAGUCGCUAAAGAUAAUUGAGGAGCUCAUGAGCGAGGACGUGACGACGAAGACCUUAUUCAGUACUACGCAGGCGAUCGAUAUCGUGAGAGGUGGAGAGAAAACGAAUGCGUUGCCAGAGAGCGCGUGGGCCAUAGUGAACCACAGGGUUUCCACUGACAGCUCGAUAGCCGAAACCGAACUGCAUGACACGCAAGCUCUUCAAUCUUCAAUCUCUCACUUCAACCUCAGUUACGUUGCCUUUGACAAACGAAUCACCACCGAACUCGACGAACCCACCUACGGCUCCCUCAUACUUUCGAGACCUGAGGGACGCGGACGCGAGCCGGCUCCCGUCUCGCCUACAGAUGAUGCACCGUUCCGGGUGCUGAGCGGGUCGGUGAAGGCAGCGUAUGCGAUGCAUAGGGGUCUGGAUGCAGGGGCGAAUGGGUUGGUGGUUAGUCCAGGAAUGAAGAGCGGGAAUACUGAUACGAAAUACUACUGGAAGUUGACGAAGCACAUAUUUCGCUAUGCGCACUGGAAUGCGGGUGAAGCAACAAAUCUGAAGAUGCCGGGUGUCCACACCAAGAACGAGCGAAUUCGAGUGGAUGAUUUUAUCGAGAUAAUCAGGUAUUAUACGACAUUAAUAUUGAAUGUCGACGAGGAUCGGGAUAUGUGA